GUUUUUAUUUAUUUAUGUUUUAGUGCAUCAAGUUAAACUAAAUGAAAUUGAGAAAUGUUGCUUUGGCAAUUAGCUGAAAUGUUUUUAUUUAUUUAUUUUUUAAUCUGUUUAUUGAACUUUUAUUAUAAUAAAAGAUAAAGAUACAGGAGAAUAGAAACAAAUAAUUUAUAUAUAUAAUUUUAUUUUAGUUAACAUUUAUUUUAUUUCAAGUAACAAUUAUUUAUUUUUUUGUUUUAGAUAACGCUUCUAUGGGCGGUGAAAUGCUUGACAAUACUAAAAUGUGCUAUCUUUCUAGGGAAAAAAUUGCCACUUGGUUUGAUACUUUGUUACAGGCUAUAUUAUUACUAUUAAAUAAUACUAAAAAUCAUUGACAUGUCUAUCGGUAGCAAUGUCUAUCAAAAAUACAUAAUUAAUUAUUAGGAUUAUAACUAUUGUUGCAAUGUGAGAUUUUUAAUUUUGCUUAGUGGUAGUUGGAUUUUUUUCAUAUUCACAUGCAAUUUGAUAUAACAUGAACUCUGUUGCCCCCUGGUGGUCUAUAUGAUGCAUUAUUUUGAAUCCGAGACAACUAAACAAACAAACUUUAUAACUCAACAACAAACUUUACAAUAGACUUGUACGGUGUGUUGAGGUCAUUUUAAAACUAAUGUAUGCUCCUCAAUUAGAGACCGAGAAAGAACUUUGAGUUCCUGAUGAGUCUUAAUAGUAGACAAUCUGACGUCUGAAGUGAACGAGCUCCAUUACACUUUUAAAAGGUUUGAUCACUUUAAUGUAGCUGUAGGCUAUACUAAAACCGAGAGAGAGGAAGUGUGUUACAGUCUGUAAACCUCUCAUCUUCCACUUCAGUAUAAUAUUGAGCAGAUGCUGGGGCUGUUUGACUUCUUCACCAUUGUCUGCAUGCAAAGUAGGACAGUCUGUGUGCAUCAAGACAAAUCUUCAGAUGGUACAGAACAGACACUAACGUCAUGCGUGACAUUCACCACAGCAGCUCCGUGUGCAAACACACCAACUAGAGGAUGCAACACUCCUGUCACACAUGAAGCAGAACCUAUCCAUGCCGUUUCUCAAGUGCGGGGCGUUUUGAUCAGCUGAGAACCAGGAUUCAUGGCAUCCCUCGAGACCCCAAAUGACCUGCUUUUCUGCACUAACCGUAGGAUUGACCGCUGCCUGAUCACUGACCGCUACUUUACCUAUGAGAGUCUUUCAGGUGGGACCCUGAUCACCGGAGAUGGACAAUUUCACUCCGUCACUAAUGGUUUCUGCUCUUUUCAAAUGCUCCGAUCAGUGGCUAUAUUAAGGCUUUGAAUAAGGUCAGCAAUGAAUAGCUUUGGUGUCAGCACCAUAUCCCAGUGGCAAGAGAGCUGCAUGUGCUUUUGACAAAGAGGGAAAAGCAAAGGACAGUAGGCUUGAAUUUUUGUAGUGUGCAUGAGUACAAGCUCAAAUCUGAUGCAAAUGGCUGAAAACCCUGAAGACCCCCUUGUAUUGUUGGAGAUCCUGGAAGUGUUAGGUGCAUGCCGUGGGAAUGUGUCAUACGCGGAUAUUUGCGUUUAUCUGAGUGGACGCUUCAGCCUGCAGCCGCUUCUAGAAUUACGGAGUCUCUUGUACUCCACCGCAUGUAGAGACCCCUGCUUCCCUGCCACCCUCUUCCGAGAGCGACUUCACCCGCCCUGCAGCAACCGGCUCUCAGCGACCGCCGAUGUCGUCUCCCUGUUCAACCUCCUCAUGCACACCCGCAUGGCUCCUACAUACACGCAGAACCUUCAGUCUCUGACACCCUGUCAGGUCUGUGGGAAGGGAUUUGCGCGUUACGACUGGCCGGCUGCCUUACCCGUCACAGGAGGAGGGACCGCCUCUGAGGACUGUAAAUAUGAGAACCUCCCUUGUGAAGCGUUCAGUCAUAACACAGAGGCUUCACACACUCAGACCAACUCUGCGUUGGUCGCUCAGCCUCACUCUCGCAUGCACAACCGGGACAGCAUGCAGAACGCGCAUUCUGGGGACGUUUCCAUUGACGCGGUCAAUCAGGAGGCUGGCAAGCCACCGGUGACCAAUCAGGGAUCCCGCGUUGCUCGUUCCUGCUCCCAGAAGAGGAGUGCCUUUAAAGAUGGGCUCCACAAAAUUCCAUUCAUAUCCGUGGAAGGCGACGGCCAGUCAGAUCAAAUCCCAGAUGGACCAAGAUCGGAUGGUGAGGACCUGCUUUACGUUUCCCAAAAAAACCCUUAUCCAGACCCUGCAACAUACGCAAACGACCAGCACAACCCGGCAUCACAUGCGCAUGACCAUUCAUACGUUUACUUAACUCAUUCGAAUGCACCUGAACCGGAUGCGCACGUGGCCGACUCGCAAUCCUAUGAUGAUGCCUCGAACCCCUACGACCCUCAGACUCAGUGGCGUAAGGCGAAACACGAGAGUUUGGACGAGCUCCAGACAUCCACCUACUUUGGCCCUUCGGUCUCCAGCGAAAAGCACCAAACGCCUGCUCUUCAAAACAAAAGCCACAGCUUGGACAUCGACAGCAGGGCGGCGGAUGAAAGACCUGAGCCGGAAACGACCGGGCUGCAGAAACCCAGAUCAGAGCGGUCUGUCUUAGAGAAGUCUGGAUUACGAAAGCCAGGAUCUGUUAAACUUAGCAUCGACGGAUCAAGCUUCGACAUUCCCGGUUUUGAUCCUCGCAUCGUCAAUUCGGUGCGGGAUACCUUCAAGAGACUGAGUGGCAUGAGUUUGGAUGCAUGGUACGAUUGGUCACCGAGCAUUGAUGGCAUGGUUAGCGUAGGCACCCAAACGGAGCCUGCAGAUCGGCGCGCUUUACGAAGCAUCAUGCUUGCCGAUAAACUCUCCAUCGACAACCCUGACAUCGGUGAGGACGACAUCAGCGCCAUCUUCCGUUUUCUAGACGACAUUAGCAUGUGUGGCUCCAUGGCAGUGCUGCCAGGGGAAGGAGGCGGAGCCCAGGAAGGGGGUGGGGCCGGGCUGCCAGAGAGGCGUGAACGUUUGGGAAAAUUACGGAGGUUGUUUCACUCCUUGGAGGCACCUGAGGAGGGCGUGAGAUGGGGCGUGGGGCGACUUCUCCAACGGGUCACGGAGCUGGAGCAACAGCUAGAGCCGAUCGCAGAGCUACGUGAGCAGCUGGCCCUUGUGCUCUUCACGCUGAACCGUCUGGAAGAGCGGGAGCAGGUUGCAUGCCCACACGUGCAUCAGAUGCACAUACAGCCACAGCUCACACCACGGCCUAGCCUGCAGCAACAGCAGGGGUCCCCGAGGACCAAUUUAGUGGCGGAGGGCGUCAACGAGGCAGCGGCAAAACGCAGACGGCUGUUUGUGCGUAGGACCUCCAGGAGCUACACGGAGAGCAGCGGAUCGGAAGCCCCCAGAGAGUGGAGCAUCAGCUUCAGCAAGGAGCCACACAUACAGUCUGUUAAGUCAGAUAAUUUAGGUGGAGUGCAUAAAAGAGAGGGCUCUGUAGUGCAGGAAGUGACGGGCUUUCACCUCAUGCCACCUGAGACCCACAGUGCACCACGCCGCACAUCUGUCCAUAGCACUACCCAGCAUUUGACUGAACGCCCCAAAGUGACCUGGAGCCAAUCAGACUUAACACCGAUGGAUCUUCAGGUGACACCUCCAAAUGCCCCUGAGUCUUUGGAGUUCUGGACAGACGAGAUUUACACGCCGGCCUCCGACACGCUCCUGCGGCGUUCACAUUCGUACACCCGUUGCAGCAGGAACCAGGCGUACCGCAUCGCUGCCCUCAGCAUCACUGCCACCAUCAUCCUCAUCCUCAUCAUCGUCAUUCCAGUCAGCACCAUGUAACGUACAUGCAGUCAUAUGACACGCCUGAGGCUACAUUGAAUGGUAUUAGAUAUUGGUAUUGAAUGUUUAUUAGAUAAUAUUAUCAAGAUUUGAAUGAAUGCAUGAAAUCUUCAUGAACCUAAUUCGAGAAGCAUGGCAGUCUGUCCCAGUGUAAAACCUAUGCAAAAUAGAAUGCAUUUCCUGAAACCUUUUUGGAGUUUCCCUACCUUUAGAUUUGUUCGAAUUUAAGCAGGUUUUCAGUUAAAUGCUUAUUCGGCAGUUUAUGGCUUGCGGACAUUCCGGUAUGCCCUCUUUGUUGACGGAUAUUGGGGAGUUCCCAUUAGUCUAAUGUAAUUCUGCUGAAACCUGAGACGGCAUCCACUUGCUCGCACAGCGGCACACGUUUCUCUCUUCCGCACCUCUGCUCUCUCUCCAUUUAAAUGCUUGGAAAAUCCAUUAUUAGUUGCAAAUUUGCAUGCAACUGCCCUUUAAAUCUGCUAAAUGUCCCCGUAUUUGGAGGAAAUGCUGACGUGCGAGUGAUAUGAAUCUCUUGUUUUCGUUUGAUGCAUAUUCUUCAUUACUGACCCGGAAUUGCGGUCAACUCGUUCACUACCAGAAUAGUGCUACAAAUUGUAAUAUCCUGCCUCACAAAAGCUUAGAAGAAAAGGAAAACAAGCCUCCAGAGAUCCAGAAUGGAUGCAUGAUGGUGGAUCAAUACCGGCACACAUUUUCAAUUUGCUGAACAACAGCACUAAACUUUUAAUGGGCUGUGAUGGGACUGAGUGAGUGCAGGAGGGGAGAGACCGAGAGAAAGGAGUGUUUGUCCUCUUUUAUUGAGCCUGAAGCUUUCUGAGUCCUACUUCUGUCUGCUGCAGCUGAUUAAUGAGCGAUUUGCUCAGGUAAAAGGGUUUCCAAUUGGAACUGAUGGGAUUUUUACAUGCAGUUUGAUAUAUGAUCACUAUUGUAAUUCAUCUUGCGCUACGCACUACAGAAUGAAUGAGACAUCAAUCAAUUACUUUUCUAAACGAUCAGAUUUGCAAUCACAGGCCAGUAAGCGAUCACCUACAACACAAGCAAAGUGUUGACAGCCGCUCAGAGCAACUUAGCAAACGCAUAGUAAGCCUUGGCAAUGCUUUCUACAGCUGAAUACUGUAAUGUGAAGACAACUGAAUGAGAUGUCCUAUUUUAAGGAGGCAAUGUUGGAAAAGUUUUGACUUUUGACUUGAUUUUGAUUGACAUUUUUGUGUGUAGAAAUAGCCUACGCAUUUCUCCUCAGAAUCAUUCUUGUUUUUCAUUCUAUAGUUGUAUGAACACAUGCAUUUCUGGAUUGGAAUUUUUCCUUUUUCAGGGCACCUUUGACUGUGAAAAUGUACCUUUUGUCUCUUCAUAAAGCUGGUUUUGGUUAU